AUGCCAGACAACCUCAGCAUUCGCAACCUCUCUAAUGUGCCCUUGGAGCUCAAGCUGGUCGAGCGUUUCGAACCUCACGACGGCCAUGGCCAUCCCAUCGCAAAUGUGACCUCAAUAUUUGCCAGAGCGACAAACUCGUUAGGCAUAACAAAUAACACCACUCGAGCAGCAGUGCCGCAAAUCGAUAGUGAUGCCCGUCCCUUCACCACACAAGAAGUCUCAAUUCGCAUUGAUCCUUUCAAUCUGGUCAGAACCGAUAUCCGCGCGUUCGAGCGGUCAGGAAAAGAACGACUGCGUCUCAGCUUUGAGGCAGACGAUGGGCGCCAUCAAAUGUACUGUCCAGUCCCAACUCAGGAGUCUGCCGGUCUUGUCCCUCCACCUAAUGCCCGACACCGCCUCACAGGUAUCUACCUUACCCAAGCCGCCUUCGUAGCGCUUUACAGCUCCGCCAACCUGAACUCCUGGAUGCAAAAAAUGCCCAACGACAUUCCCCUCUCCUUUCUGUCCAUUCCUGGAACCCACAACUCCCCCACCCACCACAAAGCCCCACCUUCCGUACGCUGCCAAGCCGUGUCGCCUUGGGACCAAAUGCAAAACGGGGUCCGCUUCUUUGAUCUGCGCGUCCAGCCCGAGUCACCUCCCAACGACCCGCUUGUCCUCGUUCACUCUGUCUUUCCCAUCUCAUUAUCUGGCAAGAAAUACUUCCGGGAUCUGUACAACGACAUCCUCCGUUUCCUACGCGAAAACCCCUCCGAGAUACUCCUCAUGAGCCUGAAACGUGAAGGUCCAGGCGACGCAACAGACCAGCAACUCAGCAAGAUCGUCAAAGACCACUACGUCGACCGCGACAGGAACGCAUGGUACACCGAGCCUCGAAUCCCGGACCUGGGCGAAGUUCGCGGCAAGAUCGUCCUGAUCCGCCGCUUUGGACUCGAUGACAGCCUACGAGGCGAACACGGCGGCCGCGGCAUCGGCAUCGACGCCUCGCAAUGGGCAGACAACACUCCCGACAGCCUCUGCCCCAGCGGCGACGUCCGCGUCCAGGACUUCUACGAGGUGAUGGAGAGUGAGAAUAUCGGCAAGAAGAUCGAAUACUGCACCGCGCAUUUUGAGAGGAGUGGGAGCUGUGUCUAUGAUCCUGAGAAGAUCAGGGCGCAGCGGGAGGGAAGAGGGGGAGAGAAGACGCCAAUCUUUUUGAAUUUUUUGAGCGCGAGUAAUUUCUGGAAGGUGGAUACUUGGCCGGAGAAGGUUGCUGCCAAGGUGAAUCCCGCAUGUACGGAGUGGUUGUGUAAGAGGCCUAUGUUGGAGGAGGAUGGGAGGGUGAAGGAGGGUGCAUGGGCAACUGGGGUGGUGGUUUGUGAUUGGGUCGGGUUGGAUGGGGAUUGGGAUCUUGUUAGGUGUAUUGUUGGGAUGAAUGCGAGAUGGAUUGGACGUUGA